UUUUUCUUAGGUAAGAUUCUGACAUAAGACAUGCAGGUUGGCCGUCACGGUGCUUUUAAAGGUGUACAUAAAGCUGCUGCUUCCCUGAUCCCCGUGCUAGAGACUGUUCUCAUUCCUCUUCCUCUGCCCAACUCAUUUGGAAAAGUGUUGUUAGCGUUAGCAGAGUUAGCUAGCUAAGCUUUAGCCACUGGAAAAUGGCAACUUCGAAGAUGUGCAGGCAGAGGAACAAAGAGGAGACCUUUGAGUGGACAGGGUUAUUUCUGCACAACGUAAAAACCAAGCAGGAGUCGCUCCUCUUCAUGAAGAGGAUGAUGGCUGUGGCGGUCUCCUCCAUCACCUACCUCAGGGGCAUUUUCCCUGAGAGUGACUACAAAUCCAAAUAUCUGGAAGAUUUGUGCAUCAAAGUUUUGCGCGAAGACUGCAAAACCCCUGGUGCCAGCAAAGUUGUGAAAUGGAUGAUGGGAUGCUUUGAUGCAUUGGAAAAGCAGUAUCUCCAGAUCGUGUUCAUUGGGGUCUACACCAAACCAGAUCAGCCUAGUUGCAUUAUUGAGUCUUACCACUUUAAAUUCAAAUACACUGAGAAGGGACCAGAGAUGGACAUAAUCAGGAAUGAUGUACAGAUGCAGGUGGCAUUGGAUGACACCAAGAGAGCCUCCAUGCUCCUCAUCAGGAAGCUCUUCCUACUCAUGCAGAAUCUGGGCAGUCUUCCAAACAAUGUCUACCUCACAAUGAAGCUCUACUACUAUGAUGACAUCACCCCUGCUGACUAUCAGCCACCAGGCUUCAAGGAGGGUGAAUGUGACAGCCUGUGGUUUGAAGGCACAGCUGUUCGUUUCAAGGUGGGUGAUGUGCAAACAGGCCUUCACAGCUUGAGAGUGCAUGUGUGGGCUGAACAGGGCAAACUGGAGAAGCUUCAGGAAGGGAGCCACCAAAGAGAGAUCAAGCAGUUGUCUCAGAAAAGUCAUCCAGAGAAGGAAACCACAAAGGAUUCUCAUAAAAAGAUGCGUGAUGACCUACCAUCAGAAGACGAGUCUGCACAAUUCAAGAAAUGCACGAGACCUGUGGGAAAGAGACGGGCACCUGCCAGAAACGUGUCAAAGAAGAGAAAGAUUUAGUCUGCGAGAAUCUGUUAACAGUUCAGACACACUUUGUUGUGGGUACAGUGUUUCUAUAUUUAUAUUAACAGUUUAUGUAUUUAUGUGUAUUUAUAUUAACAGUGUUUGUGGCGUGUUGGACAGUUUGUAAUUAUAGGUCACCAACUACUAAAUGUUGUCAAUACAGUUCUAUUUCUCUGUGCAUGCAAAUCAUUAGUGAUGGUACAGGUGAAAAUAGUAAAUGUACAAAUCCUUAAAAAAAUAUUCUUUUUGGUUAAUUUUCAUUAUUAACUAAACUAAUUAACAAAAUUCCCCUUUGUUUACAAAAUACUUCACAUGGCUUAUGUUGAGAAAGCAAAACUUAUUUCCUGAAGGCUUCUCCUGUGUGAGGAGAGUUUUGUUCAGCUCCAGAGCAUCCACUUCAGUCUUUGAUCUGCAUUACAACUUUAUUUUCCCUUAGAAGAGGCUGUCGACUUGCCCCAUCUCCACAAACACAGUCUUCAGCUGGGAGUAGUAUUCAAUGGUCACCUGGCCGUUCUCCCGCCCAAUACCUAGUGAGUGAGGGUGCAACAGUUUUACUUCCACUUACUCUGUAGUGAAUACUUAUAGAGAGGAAGUGCUGUCCUCAGAGAUCACUGUGCAACACAGAAAGUCAUAAAUGGCCUAUGGGGAUGUACAGUACUAACUGUUCCAAAUGUUAAACUAGUCAUGAAAAACCAGUGUCAUAGAAAUAGAAACAAAACCCCUCCUGGAAUCUGUGUCAACACUGACUGUACCUGACAUUUUGAAGCCUCCAAAAGGCACCUCCACAGGAGUGAUAUUAUAGUUGUUGAUGAAACAGAAACCAGCCUUGAGGCGUUCAGCCACGCGAUGGGCUCGUCUCACAUCCCUAAAAACAGAUUUAAAUUUGUGUGUUAGUUUAAGAUAAUUAAAGUAAAGAAUGUGCA